CUCUAUAUACCGUCUAUGGUUUUAAUGGGAAGGGCAGAGGUUUUUCUAGAAUAGAAUGUACUCUGCAGUUUUUUUACUGGCUGAGGUUGUGCUGAGGAAUGUGAACAUAUCCCGAUUGGGAAGGUAAAAACCGGCAUCAUGUGAAGCUCCUCACUGAUGACAGAGAGGCUCAGCAGGAAACAUGGCCCAGGCGGAGGAGCCCCACCUCAGGAUUGUGCUGGUUGGAAAAACCGGAGUUGGGAAGAGUGCAGCAGCAAACACUCUUUUAAAGAAGAAGCUCUUUCACUCUAAGCUGUCCUCGUCCUCGCUGACCAGCGAGUGUCAGAAGGAAACCACCGAGUACGGAGGCCAGACCCUGGCCGUGGUGGACACGCCGGGCCUGUUCGACACCAGCAGAACUGAGGAGGACGUGAGGAAGGAGAUCGCCAAGUGCAUGUCCUUUGCCUCCCCGGGCCCUCACGUGUUCCUGGUGGUGCUGCAGCCGGGCAGAUUCACCAAAGAGGAGCAACAAACUGUGAAGAUAAUCCAGAACAUGUUUGGAGAGAAAGCAGCAUUCUACACCAUGGCUCUGUUCACUCACGGAGAUGAUUUGGAGGACGAGGAAACCACAAUCGAUCAGAUCAUCAAUGAAAACCCUGUGCUCAGUGUGUUUGUCAGUCAGUGCCAGGGAGGCUAUCACGUGUUCAACAACAAAAAAAAGGACGACCUGCAAGUAGCAGAGCUGCUGAAGAAGAUCAACACAAUGGUUCAAAGGAACGGAGGAAGCUACUUCUCCAACGAGAUGUUCAAAGAGGCGGAGAAAUCCAUCCUACAGGAAAUGGAGCGGCUUCAGAAGGAAAACCCAGGUAUGAGCCACAAAGAGGCCAGAGAAACUGCAGAGAAGAGCAACUCCUUCACCAAGGCUGUGCGGCAAGGCGCCGCCAUCGGAGCGGUGGCUGGCUUCCUGGGGGGUCCACUGGGGUCUGCUGUGGGAGCCGCUUUCGGGGCCUUGUUUGGGGCCAUAUCUGGGUCAGUGAAGAAGAAUGACUGCACCAUUCAGUGACGAAGGGCGCCAGCUGCUGGUGUGAAUCUGAUUUGACUGUGGGGGGUCUUUUAAAAUCAUUGCUUCUUCUUCCUCAUGAAUGUGUAAAGAGCCGUCCUUCUAGAUCGUGUGUCAAAGUCAAGGCCCAGGGACCGGAUCCAUCCAUCCGGGUGAUUCCAUCCGGCCCUCCAGAUCAUUUUAUUUUAUUGCUAUUAAUGGCUGGAUGUUAUCUUGCUCUUAUUUAUAACUUGUAUAAUUUUGACGA